AGACAUUGUUUGAUGUUGAUGUGAGAAAUUCAAAAGUCAAAAAGGCAAUUGAUAAGCAAAUGCAAAGAGCUUGGCAGGGGCACAAGCAUACCUUACGUAAACAUUUUAAAGAAGUUGGAGGUGCAAAUGACUUAACAAAGGCAAAGAGUAAACCUCAUGAGGAUGUUAGCCAACUCGAUUGGGAAUAUCUAUGUGAUUCUUGGAGUACCCCUGGAUACCUAGUUAAAGCUCUUAAAAAUGCCGAGUCGCGCAAAAAAAGAAAAUGGAAUUCGAGAAAUGGUUCAAAGAGUACGGCACGCCAUCAUGUUAGUCAUGGAUUUGAAUUGGAUGCUCCUGUUGGACAUAUUGAAACAUGGCGCCUCCGUCACUGGCAUUCAGAACGUGGUUGGGUUUCUGAAGAAGCGGAAUCUAAAUAUGAAGAAAUGAUGCAGUUGAGAAGAGAAAAUUCACCUGAAGAAAUGACUGAUAAGAAAAUUUUAGAGAAGGUGCUUGGACGGGAAUCCGUUCGUUUGUU